UAUUAUGUGCAAAAACUUCGAUCGUUGUUCUAUGUUUUAUUUAGUUUAUUAUCGAAAUUAAGGACUUUUAUUAUGUGCCGAAUUGUGGUUGUAAAACUCAAUAACCGAUCGCGGUAAAAAUCAACCCAUUAAAAAAAAGUUCCUAAUUACGUUAACAGUGAGUGAUUUUGUGUUUGUUUACUUUUUUCCCCCAUCCCCACUUUGCACUUCUGCAUACUGCAGUGAAACACGAAAAAGCUUGAAAAUGGCCCAGAAAACAACCAGCGUUCCGUACAGUUUCUUCACACCUGCGCAAUCGUCCGCAGUCGCUCGGUUCGGUCGGUCGAUACUCUAAAUACAUUCCGCCGUGGUGAAAAAAAAAAAGAAGUGAUUCCCUCUUUGUCAUUACCGAUUUUUCGCCAUCCGGGUGGACAUCUCUAACCGAAAGUACGCGUAGGUAGCAGUUUAUGAAUUUGAUUCGAAGUGAUUGCCAACUUCCGGUGUCUGCGUGAUUGUGGGAAGGGUAGAUUAUUUGAAAUCCGAGUGAAUUAACUGGAUUGCAGCAGUUCGCGGAGUGAAUCACAAGUCCGAAAAAAAAAACUAGAUUGAGUGUAUAAAACUGGAUCUGGGUUAGUGCUGCUGCUGUUGGAAAGCAGAAAUAAGGAAGAGCAAAGGUGGAAAUUUUGGUGCUUGUUAAAAUAAUUAUGACCGGAGAUAGUGGGGCAAAGGAGUAAGGAUGACCUCGACACCGUCGCCGGAAAGUGAAGAUUUCCCCGGCAGGCUGCUGCAUCAGGCGGCCCUGUGGGACAAUGUGGAACUGCUGGAGGACCUGCUUCAGGAGGAAGUGCACCUGAUCGAUUGUCUGGACUCGUGGGGCCGGGCCCCGAUCCAUGCGGCGGCCAUCACGGCCGACUCCCGGUGCCUGCCGAUGCUGAUCCAUGCCGGGGCGAACAUCGAUGCGAAGUGUGGACCGCGGGGGGAUAGUAAGACUGCAUUACACUUGAGUGCUGAACACGGACAUGUGAGCAAUGUCCAGGUGCUGUUGGACGCAGGCGCGUCCUUUGUUGUCAAAGAUAGAAACGGACUGACGGCGAUGGAUUUGGCGGAUCGCAGUGGACAUGAUGCUUGCGUUAAUCUGCUGAAGGAAGCCGCAGAUACUCGGGAACAGAUCCGCUCACAGAAGCACAAGAAUCUACGCGAAGCGGUAAGCUCUUCGGAUGAGACGCUGGUCCAACUACUGUUGGACAGCAUCGGUCCGGAGCGGGAGAUUAUCGUCAACAUGGCACCGGGUGGGGCAAACACGCUGCUCUUCAUAGCUUCCCAGAACGGCUCGCAACGCAUCGUUCAGCUGUUGCUGGAUGCAGGUGCCGAUGGGCGAGCACAUGCCGUUACGCGUUAUUCUCCUCUGUACACGGCGGUUCACAAUGGUCACAAAAAGGUCGCCGCCAUGCUGCUCGAUCGAUUCCCGGAACUGGUGCAGCAGCUUACGGUGGAACGGUGGCUACCGUUCCACGCUGCGUGCAUCAACGGACACUGUCCAGUGGUGGAACUGCUGAUCCGAAACCACUAUCCGGAGGAGCUGAUGAGCUCGUUCAGAAUCAAAUCACCCCUUUCCAGAGAUCCUAGCGGAGAGCUCGAGUGGCGACUGGCGUUCGAUCCGAACACCCAGGAUGUCACCGGUCAAACUGCCCUGUAUGUGAGUUGUCUUCUAGGGAACCGUCAAUUGGUAGAUCUACUCCUGAACUGGAAGGUCAAAUGCGUUCGGUAUACGUUGGAAGACGAUGGCGGAGGAGGCGCAAGGGAAGCCGUAACUCCAUCUAGCAAUCCGCUGAGUCCUUCCAAUCGAAGGAUUUCGUUCGGUAUUCAAUCUAUCAUGUCCCGGUUAAGUUUGGGACGCGAUCAUGGCGAAGAUCGAGACGAGAACGUGGAGUUGAGAUGUCCGUUGGAUUUGAAUAUCUUGUGUGGAGCGGCACGGGAGACUGCUCUGCUUGCAGCAGUUCGCGGGGGCUUCCUAGACGUAGUAACGCUUCUGCUGCAGAACGGAGCGGAUCCCAAUGUGGUAGCGCGAGCCGUCGAGGACCAGAAUGAUCCCAAGUCGUCGGAUGAAAUCUACGGGUUUUCAAAUGUCCCACUAGCCGAAGCUACUCGGCAGAAGUCUUUAGCCAUGGUUGAUCUACUCCUUAAGUACGGAGCCAAAGACGACCAGUCGAUCGCUCUCAGUAUCGCCAUUCAGAACGCCGACGAACAGAUCGUCUGCCGACUGCUCUCGAUCAAAGCCCAUGCCGAUCCAGACUACAAAAUCAACAAGAAGGCCUUCGCUCAGGAGGCAGAAUACAGUGCUCUCCCACUAGUUGGAAGCUUCACUUACAGUUCAUUAUUUCCCAGUACAGCUACGAUGAUCAAUUGGCACAGCAACAACUGUCGUUUAGCGCUGAUCAAGAUGCCCUGGCUAAGCGAAGCCGUUCUCCAGUGCAAUCCAAAGCUCAAAGGUCACCCACGGUGCUAUCAGCUGUCGCUAGGUGCCCUGACGCGCGUUGACAUCUCCCACAACUCCCUCGCCCAUCUUCCUCCGGAAAUGUUCUCCCUCGGCAGUCUCCGCUAUCUGAACGCAGCGCAAAACAAAAUCGAACGCCUCCCACUUCCAGAGGACAUCGAAGCAUGCUCGACCUACCAACCACAGAAACGACGUACCUCUAAGACCUCACCACCCGAAUACAAUUGCCCUGUCCUGGAGGAACUCUACCUCCAGGACAACCGUCUCGAGUACAUUCCACCUCGACUCUUCCUCCUGCCCAGUCUUACCAUUCUGGACGUCUCCAACAACAAGCUUCAAGAGCUUCCCUUCGAACUGUGGAAGUCCCCCAAACUCAAAGAGUUCAACGUUGCCUUUAACUUCCUCAAAGACCUUCCAUCCCUACCGAACUUAGCCGAUUUUGCCGCAGAUGCCACUGAACCCCCUUCUCCGGUUACGGAAGCUUGCCUCUUCCACGCCUACUCCUACGAAGACAACAACGACUCCCUAACCCGGAACCGUAACGUAGCCAGCUUGGAACUCGUCAAACACCACAUCUGGUCCAAGUCUCUCGAGGUCACCGACCAGGAACUCCGGCUACCAGACGCCAAAAACGAUAACACUGUCUCUCAGCUAAGUAGUCUCAAUCUUGCCAACAAUCUCUUCACCAGCAUCCCACUGGCCUUGCCCUGUCUUGCCGUCAAUCUUACCCGACUCAACAUGUCCUACAACAGCCUCCGCUCGAUGGGCCACGUCACCAGCUAUCCGGCGUCCCUUAAACAGUUGGACUUGGGUCACAACGAGAUCAGCUGCUGGCCAAGUUUGCCCCGAAUCGCAGCUUCCGAUCCGCACCUGAUGUGCUACAAUCCUCAGGAACCGAAGAAGAACGGUUCCAAGAACUCCGUCGCCAGCACGGGAAGCUGUGGAACACCAUAUUCCAAUGAAGUCACCGUUGUGAAGUCAUCGACUAGUUCCAACAACAUAACCUCACUGCGGACGGCGGUCCUCAAGAGCGUUUGCGUCCACCGACGACAUCUUCGGUUGGAAUCCCUGCGAACGCUGGUCCUGGCAGACAAUUCGCUGACCCGAAUCCAACUGUCUACGGAUGACGUUACAACGCUUGGGGAAUCGGAGGACGCCGAAUGGAGCUUGAUCGGGGUGGCGAAGUCUCGGUUGAUAUUCCCGAACUUGUCGAUGUUGGAUAUCAGCAACAAUUCGUUGAAGGAGAUUCCACAGACAAUUCAUGAGUUGACAAAUCUGAGCGUGCUGAACAUUAGUGGGAAUAUGGAUAUAACGGAGUUGCCGCCGCACAUGGGAUUGUUGUCGCGGUUGUGGAAUCUCAAUACGAGGGGGUGUUCGUUGCAGGAUCCGCUACGGUCGAUGAUCGAGAGUAAGAAAUACAAGACGAUGGAUAUCAUUGGGUAUCUGAAGUCGGUCUACGAAGAUGCGCGGCCGUACGCGAGGAUGAAGUUGAUGGUGGUAGGGGUGCAGGGGAUUGGAAAGACGAGUUUGCUGGAUCAGUUGAGAAACGAAGGACCGACUAGGAACAAGAAGCAGGUGGAUCACUGGGCGAAGCGAAUGGGGCAUAAGAAUAUCAAUACGAAGACCAGUCGGGGGAUAAACAUGUCCACUGUGGGAGUGGAUAUUGGGGAUUGGAUUUGCGAGAAGAAAAUCAGGGGGCAUUCGUCGCAUGGACCGGUGGUAUUCAGGACUUGGGAUUUCGGAGGGCAGAAAGAGUACUACGCAACGCAUCAAUAUUUCUUGUCGAAACGGAGUCUGUACUUGGUGCUGUGGAGGAUCAUCGAUGGGCGAAAGGGUUUGGCUGAAGUUUUGCAGUGGCUGGGGAACAUACAGGCGAGGGCUCCAAACUCCCCGGUAAUCAUUGUGGGAACGCAUUACGAUGCAGUCGGGGAGACGCUGCCAGCGAAAAAGGCUGAAGAGCUGCAGCAAAUCAUUCGGGAUCGAUUCAUAGCUGUAUCCGAUGCGGAGAAGAUAGGACUGCCGAGAGUCCUGGAUUCCAUCGAGGUUAGCUGCAGAACCGGGCAUAAUAUAAAACUGCUGGCGAACCUGAUCUACGACACGGCGUUUUCGCUACGACCUCCGGGUUGUAAGGAGCCUCUGCUAUAUCAGCGGGUUCCAGCAAGCUAUUUGGCUCUGGAGGACGUCGUGGGCAUCAUUUCAUCUUCGCUGAGGCAAUUCGGAGAAGAUCCGGUUCUGGAUGCUGAACGUUACCGGCUGAGUGUGACUAAGGAGAUGCAACUUCGGGGUUUCAAGGGAUUCCGGGAUUGGUCCGAGUUGAAUCAAGCAACUAUGUUCCUUCACGACAAUGGAGUCCUCUUGCACUAUGACGAUGCCACGCUACGGGAUCUAUACUUCCUGGAUCCACAGUGGCUGUGCGAUAUGCUGGCCCAUGUGGUUACGGUUCGGGAGAUCAAUCCGUUCGCUAGGACCGGAGUUAUGAAAAUGGAUGAUUUGCAGCACGUGUUCAAGAGUUCCUGCUUGGGAAACAACGAUAACCGAGGAUACAUCGUGAGCUUGCUGAACAAAUUUGAAGUUGCACUUUCAUGGGAUGCCCGAACUUUGCUAAUUCCAUCGCUUCUUCCCCUGGAAGAGGACAGCACUGUUGAAAGAGUAGUUACCGUUAAGAUCGCCACUCGUUCCAAGGGAUGGGUCAUGCGAACUCGACGGAACCCGAUGAAUACGAACCUUCCCACGUACGAACCAGUCACAUCGGAACCGCAAACUCCAACCCUAAAUAAUGCUUGCGAUAUUCAAACCCUACCCCGUCCGGAGCAAUCCAUUUCCCGUCUCCUCUUGAUGUCCUACUUCCCGUCCGGAUUCUGGUCCCGUCUUAUAACGCGUGUCCUCGCCGACGACCAGGUCGUCGAGGCCAUACGCUCCCUCUAUCCACUUCCCAAAGAGGCCCUUGCCGAUCCGGACAUCAACCAAGUGCUGAACAUGUCCUCGCACUGGGCAGUUUGGCAAACCGGAUUGGCUCUCUACUAUGGGUCUACCUUGGUGUUCAAAAUGAGGGAAAUCUCCGUCACCUGUCCAACUUCACCGUAUCGCAACCCAAUGAAUCGGUUCAAACUCAAGCAGGACGGAGUGUGGUGUGACAUUGAUCUCACUUCGACGUCAAUUCUGGAGAUUUACUUCCCAUUCAAUGCACUGAAGAUUCGUAAGCUGGACGAGGUCGGUGCGGAGUUGACUUCCGUCGAGAUCGAAAUCAACGUUCGGUGUCUGACGCAGCUGCUGGCACUCAGCGUAGACCACAUCGAUCUGCUGCUGGAGGACUGGUACCCGACGCUGGGUACGAGGUUUGUUCACACCUCGGAAGGACGCUUCUUGGUGACACGGUUGGUGCCGUGUCCAAAAUGUCUACGAGACUGCGAGGAUCGUCAUGUACCGAACUUCCCGUCGCAGGUUAAGUCCAGUUCGGGCGGAACGGGUAGCCAUCGUCCGAUGUUUCACAAACGUUUGAGCAUCGAUAGAAGGCAGGAAUUCGGGGAGUCCAGUGGCUUGAAUGAGUUACCUGGGAUAUUGAACGACCUGGUUCCUACGCGGAAGUCGCAGGAUUCGGUUGGAUGGUCCGAUUGUGAUUCUGGUGUUGGCCAGGAAUCGGCCGAUAGCUCCAGGGCAACUUCCGUCGAAGGGCAUCCGUUGGUUAAUGCUGGGGAUCUCCCGGGGCCUCCCAGCUAUUCUUGGAUGGUUGAGGAGUGUAUUUUGGCUGCGUACGAUAAGAAGUCGGUGGCAUGUCCGAUUCAUGGGGAGAUCGAUUUGAGGCGGAUCACUCCGGAUGUGAACUUUAUGGACCUGUCGGAGAGUUACCUGAUCAAGUCGGGUGACAUCACCCGAGGACCUCUGCUGGGUCGUGGUGCAUUCGGCUUCGUGUUCAAAGCGACCUGUAAGACUCGCGGUUCCAAGGCGAUCGUUCCAGUUGCGAUGAAGAUGUUGCAACCGGUUGCACCGGGUCCCCGAGCCCGCCAAAGUGCCAUAAUCGCGUACAAAGCUGCCCUCGGAAAGUGGGAGCGUGACCCGUUGCAGCACUCCUGCAAGGCUUACUGCACGGCAAGGCAGGAGUUGGCGGUUUUACUUACGCUGCGUCAUCCGAAUAUCGUCCCGCUGAUUGGGGUCUGCACGCAGCCGUUGGCCUUGGUGCUGGACUUGGCUCCGAAGGGAGCACUGGAUGCCGUCUUGCGGCACUUCCGCCGAAGUGGAGCUCGGAUCGGACCGUACUGCUUCCAGUCGUUGGUUCUCCAGGCUGCCAAAGCCAUGGAAUAUCUGCAUCGGAGGAGAGUCAUUUACCGAGAUCUCAAAGCGGAGAACAUUUUGGUUUGGGAUUUCCCUGAACCGCAUGCCGAUGAUCAUCCCACGAACGGGGUUCAUAUCAAGGUGGCGGACUACGGCAUCAGCCGAAUUACGCUGCCGUCCGGUUCCAAGGGCUUCGGAGGUACCGAAGGCUUCAUGGCGCCGGAAAUUAUGCGACACAAUGGCGAGGAGGAAUAUACCGAGAAAGUGGAUUGCUUCUCGUUUGGAAUGUUCCUAUACGAGCUGAUCGCACUGCGGCAACCGUUCGAGGGUCACGAAGCGGUCAAGGAAUGCAUCCUGGAAGGUGGUCGGCCGGUGCUAACCCAGCGGGAGACACAGUUUCCUUCGUAUUGCUUGGAUUUAAUGGUGCUCUGCUGGGAUCAGCAGCCGAAGGUUCGUCCUUCCGCCAGUCAGAUUGUGUCCAUCGCUAGCGCUCCGGAGUUUACCCAUUUGUUAGACAUAAUUUCGUUGAGCCAUCCGGGCAAUACGAUGGAUGGAAUUGCUUGCCCGAUUGCUAGCAUAGACGACGAAACGGUCAUAUCAGGUCACGAGCUGUGGUUGCCUUGCUCAAAUUCUCGAAUCGACGUCCUGCUAGGGUCCAUCAAGGGAUGGCAACAGUACCAUCGGAUCCUGUGCCCUCAGAUAGGUACCCCGGUAAAAUCGGCGAAUGGAAGUGGCUACCAUUCUCAGCCCACCACUCCGCACCAGAUGAAGCAGAUUAAGCUGACGACGGCAUGCAUAGUCGAGACAGCCGUCUGGAUCGGUGACGCUGAAGGUAACAUCUACGCGUUCAACGCUAGCGAUUGCGUGCAUCAGUUCUCUUAUGCUCUGGAACCUGCGCAGCCGUGUCCGGUGGUGGCGCUGGUUUACCUGCAGAAGUUCGGUCGCGUUGCAGCAGGUUUGGAAAACGGACGUCUAUUCCUGCUGGACUCGACGUUAACGCCUAGCACUUCCGUAUCGGCGGAAGGCAGCUUCGUCCUGUCGGAACUUGGUUCGGGCGAGCGUCUGUACAGUGUUUGUCCGCUGUGGAAGAACGAGGCCGAGUGCGAAUUGUGGUGCGGUGAAACGGACGGAGCGAUGAAUGUGUUCUCAUUGAAGAAUACACACGUUUCCGGACAGCAUCAUCUGACGCACUUCCAGACGCCACUUCCGACUCGUGGAUUGACGGUCGCGCUGCUUUGCGCUUCGGACGACUGGGUCUACUCAUACGUUGCGCCCGGGUGCAUUCUGUAUCAGUGGCGAUCGACAGGGAAACAGAUCGAGAAUCGAUUGGACUGUUCGAAGCUGGUGCCGUGCUCAGAGAGUCUGAAAAGCAUCGCCAUCGAUGAACAUCUUAGUCCCGGCAAAUGUCAGGUCUCUGCAAUGGCCGCAUUGAAUGGUGAACUCUACAUCGGCACCACCUGGGGUUGCAUCAUCAUCGUGGAAAAGCAAACUCUGCGACCGAUUACGAUAUUCCGUCCAUUUGAGGAGGAUGUUCGUAAUAUCGUUCCGCUGUACGGCGGCCCCAGCCCGAUGUUGGUCACCGUUGGUCGUGGCUAUCGGUCUCUGAUCGAUCGCUACACGGAUGUCACCACCGGGCAAGUUAGCACCCCAUCGACCGGUGCCCCGGACAAACGCUUGAAAGAAUCGCUGCUGAAGGAUCGAUCCAACAACAUGCAUGCCUUGAUCUGGACAGCGGAACACUGGACGCCGGUCUAGGAUUUUAAAGUUUUAGUAGGUGUUUCAAAUUUUUCUGUGAUUUUGCGAAUUAAAGAAUAGCUUUUAAGCACCAAA